AUGUCUUCCGACGAUGAUUUCAUGCAAGAGUCGGACCAGGAGGACUACGACUUCGAAUAUGAAGAUGACGACGACGAGCAGACCGGCGAUGUCGACAUUGAAAACAAGUACUACGGAGCGAAGCAGAUGAAGGCCGACAACCCGGAGGAUGCCAUAGAGGAAUUUUUGGGUGUUCCUGCCUUGGAGGAGGAGAAGGGCGAUUGGGGCUUCAAGGGUCUCAAGCAAGCCAUCAAGCUCGAGUUCAAGCUCGGCAAGUACACCGAUGCCGUCGAGCAUUACAAGGAGCUGCUCACCUACGUCAAGUCGGCUGUCACGCGGAACUACUCGGAGAAGUCAAUCAAUAACAUGCUGGAUUUCAUUGAGAAGGCCGCAGAGGAUGACGAGGCAUACCGCUGCAUGGAGAAGUUCUACGCACUCACGCUCGAAUCGUUCCAGAGCACCAACAACGAACGACUGUGGCUCAAGACGAACAUCAAACUGGCCAAGCUCUGGCUGGAGCGCAAGGACUACCGUCAGCUGACCGAGAAGCUACGAGAGCUUCACAAGGCGUGUCAGAUGGCGGACGGCUCGGACGACCCGAGCAAGGGAACGUAUUCAUUGGAAGUCUACUCGCUGGAGAUUCUGAUGUACGCUGAGACGAGGAACAACAAGCGGCUCAAGGCACUGUACCAGCGUGCGUUGAAGGUGCGCUCAGCGGUCCCUCACCCGAAGAUCAUGGGAAUCAUCCGUGAAUGCGGUGGCAAGAUGCACAUGAGCGAAGAGAACUGGAAGGAAGCGCAGAGCGACUUCUUCGAGAGCUUCCGCAACUACGACGAGGCAGGAUCACUGCAGCGGAUCCAGGUUCUUAAGUACCUCGUGCUCACGACAAUGCUCAUGGGAUCGGACAUCAACCCGUUCGACUCGCAGGAGACGAAGCCGUACAAGAACGACCCGCGCAUUGCAGCAAUGACAGACCUGGUAGAUGCGUACCAGAGGGACGACAUUCACGGCUACGAGAAGAUCCUGCAGAACAACAAGGACCUCCUUGCUGACCCGUUCAUUGCCGAAAACAUCGAUGAAGUGACGCGUAACAUGCGUACCAAGGCAGUCCUCAAGCUCGUAGCGCCGUACACGCGGUUCACGCUUGGUUUCAUCUCGAAGCAGCUCAAGAUCUCGCUACCAGAAGUGCAAGACAUAGUGGGCUUCCUUAUCGUGGAUAAGAAGCUACGCGGGAAGAUCAACCAACAGAACGGGACGGUGGAGAUCGAGAGUAGCACGGACAGGGAUCGGGUGCAUGCGAUGCAGGAGUGGACGGCAGCGAUAGGGUCGCUCUGGGCGACGGUGCUGAACGAGGGCGAGGGCUUCCGGUCGGAAGAAGCUUCGCAGUUCCAGGCGAGCACGGGAGCACAGGGCCUAUCGGAUCUUGGAGGACGCCAUGGACCCAGCGCGAAGCUCGGCCGCGGGACGAAGGGCAAGGGUUUCUCGGGAAGACUGCCGGGAGCUGGGUUGAGGUAA